AAACGGCGGAGAGAAAGAAAACGGAAAUCCCAAAUCGUACCGAAAGCAAAACGCUAUUACAGAAAUGAACGCGAUAUCGAGGCAAGUUAGUACGGCUAUCUUUGCUCCGGCGAGACAGGGGGUUAACUGGCUGAGUCAUGAUCCGAUUCAGGUUCAGCAAUGGAGAGGGAUAAGGGUGAAGGUAAGAAACGGGAACUUGGAGCAGGCGUUGGCGGUGAUGCAGAGGGCGAUGCAAUCGAGCGGAGUCGAACGGCUGAUAAAGCAGGAACAGACUCAUCACGUUAAGAAUUCGGAGAAGCGAGUUUUGGCACGCAAGAAUUUGGAGCGUAAGAUUCGAUCACAGGACCUCGCUCGCAAGCUCCAAACCAUCCUCAUCAAGAAAGUCAGGGGUCUGUGAGGGCAGCUUUGGUGUAGUUUGUUGGUAAUUUUGCCAAAAAUUUUCAUUUUCUUAUGGAAUUCAAGGGUCAUGCAAACCUUUUCUUCUUUUUUUUUUUGGAUAAACCUGAUCAAUUUGGCAUUUGAGUUAAAUGUAGUCUUUUGGUGAUACAAUCAUAUCUUUUGCAUUGAAAUAAUUAUUAUAAACAUUGAGCCAUUGAUUUUAUCAGUGAUUUUAAUUUCACCGAUGCUAAACUCACUAUCCAUCCAGACAGAGCAUGAGUUGUGGCUUUUCUCCAGCCAUGAUCACAUAUUGUAUUAUUCCCUUGAGCAUGAAUUGUAAGAUUGUUGACCCUGGUGACUGAUUAGUGCUUUUGUUCAUUCAAUCUGUGUGUAUGUAAAGCAUGUGUAUGCAUGCAUCUCUCAAAUAUCAAUAACUUGUAUGCAAUUGGGAAAACUUUGCAAUCCCUUCUUCAUUGUAGUUUUCUUCUUCUUGAAAUGCUUAAUUUCAAAUUUUCUACUACUCUUCAAAGCAAAUGCAAAUUGUGGAUUUCCUUAGCAAUGAUGACGGGGUGUGUUUUUAUUAUUA